CGCCGACACCGUGAAAACAUGUUUUGUGUACCGAAAGAGAACGAUUUUUUCGAAUAAAAAAAUGCAUUUCGCAUCGUAGCACCGGCGCGAUACUAGGUAUUAUCGGAUCUAUGGCCGCGUCCUCGACGUAUUCCUCUAAUUUCGUAGUGUACUAACGGCCGCUUCGAAGAGAAACAGUGUUAUUUUGAUCGCGAAGUGAGUGAACUUAAUCAAAAUGGCGCAUCAAAUGCCCCCAUCGGUGAACUGUUCGCUGGACGAUAUCGACUUGACGGCCCUAAAGGAUCCCGCUGGUAUUUUCGAGUUGAUCGAAGUCGUCGGUAACGGAACUUAUGGACAAGUUUACAAGGGAAGGCACACCAAGACCGGUCAGUUGGCAGCUAUCAAAGUGAUGGACGUAACUGAAGAUGAAGAGGAGGAAAUAAAACUGGAAAUCAACGUGUUGAAGAAGUACUCCAACCAUCGAAACAUCGCCACUUACUAUGGUGCAUUCAUUAAAAAAUCUCCACCGGGAAAGGACGAUCAGCUGUGGCUCGUCAUGGAAUACUGUGGAGCAGGUUCCGUGACUGACCUGGUGAAAUCGACCAAAGGACAGUCGUUGAAAGAAGAAUGGAUAGCGUAUAUUUGUAGAGAAAUACUCAGGGGAUUGUCUUACUUACAUACGAAUAAGGUCAUACAUAGGGACAUAAAAGGACAAAAUGUUCUACUGACUGAUAAUGCUGAAGUAAAAUUAGUGGAUUUCGGCGUUUCCGCCCAACUGGAUCGUACAAUCGGCCGUCGUAACACCUUCAUAGGCACCCCCUAUUGGAUGGCGCCCGAAGUUAUAGCCUGCGACGAAAACCCGGACGCGACUUAUGACAAUCGCAGCGAUCUCUGGUCGCUCGGAAUAACCGCUCUCGAAAUGGCCGAAUCCCAACCGCCUCUUUGCGAGUUGCAUCCAAUGAGAGCGCUGUUUCUUAUCCCGAGGAAUCCACCACCACGACUGAAGAGCAAAAAAUGGAACAAGAAGUUCCAGGGUUUCAUCGAGACCGUGCUGGUUAAAGACUAUCACGAAAGGCCUUACACAGAACAACUCCUCAAGCAUCCUUUCAUCAGGGACCAACCAACUGAAAGACAAGUUAGAAUACAGUUGAAAGACCACAUCGAUAGAUGCAAAAAGAGAAAACAAGAAAAAGAGAGAGAAGACUACAGAUAUUCGGGUUCUGAAAAUGAGGAAGAGGAGCCUCAGAUCGCCGGUGAACCCAGCAGUAUUAUACAAGCUCCAGGCGGGGACACGCUAAGAAGGAACUUCCAGCAGAUUCAAGAAGGACGCACCCUUAGUCAAGUCGAACCGCCUCCUAGAAGUAGUAAAAAUAAAGAACGGGAAGAAAUUCCCGAGCCAGGGCCGCCGGCGAGGCCGCCUAUUCCUCAAAGGAUGAUCGUGGUACCGGAUCCGGCGCCACCUAGAAGGCCGUUACCUCCGCCUCCAGAUAAUAACUUUGGAGGUUCGAAGUCGCAAAAUCAACAGCAACAGCAAAGGAAUUCUCAGCACCAGUUUAAACCUAUGGAAUUGGACGCUCUGGCCGCCCAUCUGAACGAGCUGGGCGUCCAGCAGACCAACCAACCCGAAGCGCCGCCGCGCAACCGAAACUACAAGCAAUCCCAAUCGGCGUCGAACAACAACGUCACGACGCCCGGCGCCGCCGUCAAUCACACGCCCGCCAAUCAAGGCGGCAACAACAUCGACGGCUUGGUCGACAGCGAGACCGAUUCGGAGCCCGAAGACAACGGAAGGGUCAGGAACGACGGGACUUUGUUGGCCAGCGACCCUCCCAAGCCGCUGGCCGGUCUAGGAGUGGUUCCCGAAGGUACGGCCAGCGUGUCCAGUCCCGGAGCGACGGCGGUGUCCGGUUCGAGCACUUCGAGCGCCCCGAAUCGUCCGUUGCCUCCGACGCCCGACGACGACGAGUCCCAAGGCGAUCGAACGCUGGUGCUUAGAAAGCAGUCCGCAGCUAACGCAGUCGACAAAAAAAAGAUCGACGACGUCGACGAGGCGACGUUGCUCAAAGAUUGGGAUUUCGACAAGUUUUUCCCGACGAAGGCGAACGCGCCGGGCACGUCGUCCUCGUCGACGUCGAACGGCUCGUCGAAGAACGACGGCAAGGCGAAGAAGCCCGGCCACCGGCGCAUGGAGAGCGACUCGAAGAUCGCCCCGUUCUUCAGGAACUUCAGGCGCGAGAACUCCGAUCUGUUGCCGAUGGCGUCGCGCCAUUCGGCCGUCUACGUCGACAAGGGCGCCCGAUCGAGCGGGAUAUUCAACGGGCGGCGCGGCUCCGACGGCGGCGCGGCGAAGAAACCGCCCGGCGAGCCGGUGUUGAUGGACUACGUGAAGAAGACGGACGCGCCGAAGAGAGAGGCGGAGAUGGGGCGGCCGCGCCGCGAGAAGACCGAGUCCGAUUUGGUGCUCAGGAAUUCGGAGGCUCGCAGGAGCAUCAGGGAGACGUUGGAGGCGCGGCGGAAGGAGGUCGAGGCGCAGUUCGCCAAGGAGGCUGAGAACAUGCGCAGGCGGAGCUCGAAGCCCAUCGAAAUGAACGUUUUGAAUAUCUCGAACAUGUCGAAUUCAUCGGCCGGAUCGAAUUCCAUCGGCGACGAAUUUUCUUUUAUUCAGAAUGGUAGAAGUAACGAUCAUCCACGACAAAGCGUUCUACCCGAUUUACUUAGCCAAGCCAGCGGUAGUCCAGGCACACCUUCGACCAGAGAUAAAUCUUCCAACGAGGAGAAGCAGCGCUCCUUCCUGGCCUUCGGCUUCGGCGCCUCUUCGGCCCCCUCUCGACGGGAAUCCCACGUCAACGUCAACGUCACCCCCACGUCCCACGACAUCUCCUCGGACACGCCGGAAAUACGCAAGUACAAGAAGCGCUUCAACAGCGAGAUCUUGUGCGCCGCCUUGUGGGGUGUGAAUCUUCUGAUCGGAACCGAGCACGGGCUGAUGUUGCUGGAUAGAAGCGGCCAGGGUAAGGUGUACCAGUUGAUUUCGAGAAGGCGCUUCCAGCAGAUGGAGGUGCUGGAAGGACAGAACAUCCUCGUGACUAUAUCGGGCAAGAAGAACAGAGUGAGAGUUUACUACCUCAGCUGGUUGAAGAGCAAAAUCCUGCGAACGGACGGAGUCAGCGACCAAGUAGAAAGGCGAAACGGUUGGAUAAACGUCGGCGAUCUACAGGGAGCGGUCCACUUCAAAAUCGUCAAAUACGAACGGAUAAAGUUCCUGGUCAUCGCGCUGAAAGACAGCAUCGAAAUAUACGCUUGGGCCCCGAAGCCCUACCACAAAUUCAUGGCGUUCAAAUCGUUCUGCGAUUUGACGUAUCGACCGUUGCUGGUCGAUCUCACCGUCGAAGAGGGCACCAGGUUGAAAGUUAUCUACGGCAGCAACGAGGGUUUCCACGCCGUCGAUUUGGAUUCGGCCAGCGUCUACGACAUCUAUCUACCCAAAGUUGCCCAAACUGGAAUAUCUCCGCACUGCAUAGUCACUCUACCCAACAGCAAGGGCAUGCAACUGUUACUCUGCUACGACAACGAGGGCGUCUAUGUCAACACCUACGGUAGGAUAUCCAAAAACAUGUUACUACAGUGGGGCGAAAUGCCGACGUCAGUGGCGUACAUAGGCACGGGCCAGAUAAUGGGCUGGGGUAACAAGGCGAUCGAGAUCAGAGCAGUGGAAUCGGGACAUUUGGACGGUGUGUUUAUGCACAAGAAAUCGCAAAGGUUAAAGUUCCUGUGCGAGCGAAACGAUAAAGUGUUCUUUUCUAGUGCGAAAAGCGGUUCCUCUUGUCAAAUAUAUUUCAUGACCCUCAAUAAGCCCGGCAUGGCGAAUUGGUAACGGGCCGGUGUAGGAUAUAUACACGGGGUGAUCUCAAAAAAAAUUGAAUGGAUUCGAAUUUACUUAAAGUACGAAGAGGGUUGGAGUAUGAAUCUCGAUUCGAUUUCGAUGUUUUUUUUAAUGCGAUAAUUGAGAUUCGUUUUUGAUCGUAUUUGCAUUUUUUUGAGGAACACCCGUCGUCAUGUGAUCGCUGCAAAGUGAUGAUAAAAAUGACUGUUUGAUGGAGAGAGGGUCAUCGUGAAAUAUGUAAUAAACAGUGUUUUUAUUUUAUUUUUGUUGCUUACUUUGAUUUAGGAGAAUCGCGUGUAGAGGAAAAACGUGUAAGGAAAUUUUAUUUGGGAAAAAGUGUGAUAUGGAUUAGACGUAAUUUAGUAUGCGACAGGCUAUGACUUUUAUUUUGUAAUUAGGAAAUUUUCAUAUUUUUAUAAUGCUUUUUUAAAUGGUAAAUACGAAAUUUCGAGGAAUAUUUUAACGCAAUUUUAAUGAGCUCUCUUAUCUUUUUUAUGAUCGAAAAAGUCCAAUUGUAGAGAUGAAUAUCUAUUACGCUAACAUUCGAAACCAUCUUUAUUUUUUUAACGUCUUUCCCAAGUUUGAAGUCCUUUUUCUUUGAAUUAAUUUCAAAAGGACUAUUCAGCCAGCUUGUCUGUGAAUUUACCAUUAAAAAGAGCAAUUUUUUUAUACUUCGAAGUUGGAAGAUGCUAUUUGGUGUUUUUUUUUUAUUUAAAAGUGAUAGUACAAAACUUGUUAUCCCAAAUAACACUUUCUAAAUUAUACAAUCGCAAUGUUAAUAAUAUUCAACGCCUUUUCUACAAUAAAAAAAACGAAAGAAAAUCGGUCAAAUCUAAAAAUUGAGUAGAACAAAAAUGGUGCUAUCUUCAAUCUAUUCCUAAUGUAAAUACAAUACAUGAAUUUGUUAAAAAACCACCGAAUAUUAUUGGCAUUGCGCCGAUACGUAAAACAAUUUGUUAUCUUUUGGUUUAUAUUUAACAGACGGUAUUGAUAGAUGAAUGUUUAAAAAAUUAGUUGGGUGCCAACAUUAUUGAACAGAACUGCGUUAUAUCUUAAAAUUUUCACUUAUGAUACAGUCUCCUUGUUGAUUGAAUUAUUGCUGGUGCAGGAGAAAAAUAUCAAUCACGCCGGAGAUUCAGUAAGAAAAUUGAUAAAAAUAAUUGUUUUGGGCUCACUUUGUUGAUUCAGUUUAAAUCGAGUCUGGGAAUAUUGAUAAACGUGCAGUUCUGAGGUUAAAUUAGUCAAGUUAAAAAAAUGAAUGCUCAGCGAGGUGUAGAUAAGUCAAAAAAAUUAGAAUAAUUACUUGUUAGUGACUAUUAAUAGUGGUUUUUUAUUAAUGCAAAACAAAAAUCGAUUGGCUGCAUUGUAAUCUACGGUGGUUUAAUUUGAUGUCGUUUUAUUAACUUAGCUACUAAAUGGUGGUUGUUAGUUGUGAGACUUUAGUAGGAUUUCAUUAAAAUAACAAAUCGGUAUGUUUUGCAAUUUUAAAAAACCGCGUUUCCUGUACAUACAUAUUACAUAAAAAACCUUUUUCAAAAAAUUUUUAUUGCAAUAUAGCGUGUAGCACUGUACCCUGGUAAACGUGUUAUUAGGCAAAAUUAGGGUAACUUGAGAUAACCAUUUUUAUACUAGUCUGAAAAAAAUCAUAAAAAUAAGCCUUCUGUGUUGUUUUUCGUUGUUUGUGGAAAAAAUGUUAACGUUUCUCUGCUCAGUUCGAGUUCGAAAUUCUAAAAGCAAGACUAAUUUUCUACCCUUUUUAGUUGAAUUUACAGUGAAAUCCAUUUUGAAACAGUACUAUACUUUCAUUGUUGCUCAAAAUUAACGUUUACUUUUGAACGACACGGAUAUUGUUGAAGCUUAUUUUUCACGCAAAUUUUUUAUCCACUACUUUCGAGGAAUUUCGUCAGCACUAUCGCAAAUUUCGGCCGUUCGUUUUCGGUUUAUUGCAGUAUCAAGUAUGUUUAAUCAAAAUAUUUAACGAGUACAAGUUAAAUAUCAAAUCGGCCGUUUCGUUUGUUGCAUUUCGUACAGAUUAACCGAGGAAUUAAUGAAAAAUGUGUUACAGUUUUAAAAUAAUUUGAUUUAUCCAAUUCCAGCCAAAAGUUUCAUUCAGAAUUUUUGUGAAUUAUUCUAGCGACUGUACGAGCUGCGAUGGACGAUGCCUUGGCGAAUUUAUUGUUUCGAUUUAGUAAAUUAUUGCCCUAAAAUCGUGUUAUAAGUGCAUGCUUUAUUGUUGGCUCUGUUUUGUCUAAUAUUUUUACAUUGCUUUUCGAUGAUGUCGGUUUAAUCUUGUUUGUUUCGUAAAAAGUGUUUGGUGCAAUGAAGACUGUUAUUGUGCAAAAAAAUAUAUCUUGUCUGAAUUUGAAAUAGAAACGGCUUAAGUUUACAUUUUGUGAAAUUCACACAGUUUCUUUCAGCGCCAAUUUCACGAACAGUUUGUCGAUAUAACGAGUACUCUUUCCAUUAGUUUGCAUAUGAUGCCUUUUUUGUAAGCCACAAGCUAUAUACUAUAUAUACAUAUAAAUAUAUUUCUAUUGCUCUUUUAUAAUUUCCA